CAUUGGAAGCAUGAAAUUCAGAUAUAUGUUUUUCAGAGCUUCACUAUUAUAAUGCACAUCUACUUCGUGAUUAUUAUCCAAAAUUUAUCAAGAAUUAGAAGAUUGAUUAAGGAAUUCACUACUGCACCGAGAGAUAAAUUAUUACUAAUGCCACUUCCAGCUGCGUUGGCUGCACGACUUGCAAAACGAGGUCUUAUUUCUGGUGGAGAAAAACAUGAAUCUCCCAGUAGAGAUUCCAAGAAGAAGAUACACGAAGAAAUCAUUGCAGAGGAUUAUGAUAAUGCUAAGGAUGAUAUAAACCAGAUAGAUAUUUUGCAAAAGUUUAUGGGAUAUAGCGGCUGUCCAAACAAAUACAAUAUCUAUCAUGAAUGCAACAGUAAAUGCAAAGAUUUAUGGGGAGCUGGACAUCUUCAGCCCACUGAAAAGUAUCUCAAACGUCAGACACAGCUUCUUCAGAAGUAUCCACUGCCAGAGACUUGGAAAGCUGUAUUUGAUCCGGGAUCUGGACAACAUUACUAUUGGGAAUGGUCAUCAGAUUUAGUGUCAUGGUUUCCGCCAGGACAUCCCAAAUGUCAAAUAUCUCAGCCAGCUUCCCAAUUGCGGGAAGAACUGCAUCUCAAAGCUGCCGAUCAAGAUGAUAACAUGUCUAGCGACGAAAGUGCCAGUGAUCAGGAAACUAUGGAAAUUGAUGAAGUUGAGACCAAACGGGAUCAGAAAAUAGAAACUAGAGUAGAAAGAUACAAGGGCUCAGAAAAUCGACGUGUUCAGCGACACGAUAGUAGUAAAGACAAAAAGGACCGUUCUUUAGACCCUAUGGAUCCAGCGUCGUACAGCGAUAUUCCCAGAGGGAAAUGGUCAGAUGGUUUGGCAAGGCAUAACGAAGCCAAAACGGGAGCAGAUACAACCGCAUCUGGUCCACUUUAUCAGAUGCGACCAUAUCCAAGCCCAGGUGCCGUCCUCCGAUCCAACAAAAAUAGCAAACCGGAAGCCGAAUGUAGUGUGACUACUAAGCCAAAAGUUUCUUUCCCAGAAAAACCGGAAUGAGAAAUGUUAAGAGAAUUUCUACUCUAGGUAAAAAUGAAAUUAUUGAAUCAAAUAAUUAUUCUAACAGUUGGAAAAACAAUAUUAAUUAAUCACGAAUUUCAUCCCAUGAAAUGAAUCAGGGUCUUUAGAUUCAUUCUAAAAUCAGACAAUAUGAAUAAUUAGUGGACAUUAUACAUCUCACAUAGUACAUUAAAUUUUAUUCAACACAUUCUCUUGAAAAUCUCUGACGUUUUAUGCGUCAUUGAGCCGGUAAUGAUAUUAGGUAGUCUACAAGAUAAAUAAUAACAUAUGUUUUUGAAUAAAUAUUACAGAUCCGAUAA